CAAGCAGUUCGGCCCAAGCGGUUUGGGGGGAUUGCGUCCCCAUGGCGGAGCCGCCUGAGGAGGUGGCGGAAUUCGUGCUGGACGCCCGAUAUGGCGACGACGAGGCAGUGGAUGCGGCCCUCGGCGCCGGAGUGCAGGUGGAUGCGCAGAGCCACGGCGGCAGCACAGCGCUGCUUAUGGCCAGUGCCAACGGGCACACGGCCAUCGUGCGCAGGCUGCUCCAGGCCCGGGCCGCGCCCAGCCUGGCCAACGACGCGGGGAACUGCCCGCUGCACUGGGCUGCGCUGAACGGGCAUCUAGAGGUGGUUCGGGCAUUGCUGGAGGCGCGCGCCAACGCCAACGCCCGCAACGACUUCAAGAAGAGGCCAUUUGACGAGGCCCUGAGCAAGAGCAAUGAGGACAUUUGCGAGGCCUUGGCAUCGGCUACGUGUUUUGAUGAGGAUGUGCCGGAGCCGGAGGCGCAGGAGGAAGACUCCCGGCAGGAGCAGCCGGUGAUCCUCGGCAUGGGCAACCCCCUGCUGGAUAUUUCAGCGGAGGUGCCCGAGGAGCUGCUGGGCAGAUACGGCCUGAAGACGGGGGAUGCCAUCCUGGCGGAACCAAAGCACGAGGCGCUGUACCAAGAGCUUGCGGCCAUGGACACGGUGAAGUAUGUGGCGGGCGGCGCGACGCAGAACUCGAUCCGCGUUGCGCAAUGGAUGCUGCAGGAGCCAGGCAUGACGGCGUACAUGGGCUGCAUCGGCGACGACGCCUUCGGCCGGAAGCUGGCCAAGGCCUGCGAGGAGGACGGCGUGCUGACCAGGUACCAGGUGGACAAGGAGACGCCCACGGGAACCUGUGCGGUGACCAUUGUGGACAAGGAGCGGUCGUUGACCACACGGCUGGGGGCUGCAAACAAGUUCACCGUGAGCCACGUGAAGGAGCCCGAGAACUUCAACCUCUUGAAGUCCGCGAAGAUUGUCUACAGCGCGGGUUUCUUUAUCACCGUGUCCCCCGAAUCCAUCGAGCUGGCCUGCAAGGUGGCAGAGAUGUCGGGGGGCCUCUAUUGUCUAAACCUCUCGGCAGCCUUCAUUGUGGAGGUGCCUGUCUUCCGCUCAGUGCUGGAGAAGGCGCUGCCCCACGUGGACUACCUCUUCGGCAAUGAGACGGAGGCCAGAGCCUAUGCCACGGCGGUGGGCUGGGAUACGGCAGAUGUGGCCUUCAUUGCCACGCGCCUGUCUUUGGUGCCCAUGGCCGGCAAGAAGCCCCCGAGGCACGUGGUCAUCACCCAAGGCGCGGAGCCCACGGUUGUGGCGCGCCGCGGGGCGGUGACGCUGCACGAGGUGCAAACUUUGGCGCCCGAGCUGAUUGUUGACACCAACGGCGCCGGGGACGCCUUCGUCGGGGGCUUCCUGGCGGCUGUGUCCAAGGGCCGGGCGCUGGGUGCCUGCUGCCAGGCGGGUAGCUACGCCGCGGGCACGGUGAUCCAGCACUCCGGCUGCACCUUCCCAGAGAAGCCGUCCUACUGCAUUUGAGCCUUCCUCUUCAUGCUCGAAGAUGAUGCGUGAUUGCCCGCCCAAUUCGAGAAGCCAGCUGGGAUAUUGAGAGGGCGCGUGCCAGCUCCAGCCAGGCCGCGCUAUCGCGCAUGCGAGCGAUGAGCCGGGGCAGGGGUCACAGAAGCCGCCACGCCUGCCUGGCUUAGAGGCGAAAGGGGGUG